UUUUUUUUUCACUUCUUUACACAGCAAUGUCAUCAACAACAUUAUCAUUUCGACAACAAAAUAGACCCGAUCCAAUACCAAUACCAAAUAAAUAUUAUAAUAAUGAGGUAGAGAAAACAUCGUAUAAAGAUAUGAUUAAACAAUUAACAGCACAAGCACCUGAACCUUAUGGGGCUAUUCCACCUUUAAUAAAACGGAAUAAAAAAGACAAAAAGAAGAAGAAGAAGAAAAGUAAGAAAAGGGUUCCAAUGAUCAAACGAAUGUCACAUGUUGAGAAUUGGCUUGCUGUAGAUAGUAAAGAAAGUAUACCUGAUGAAGAAGAUUUAAAACAUUCUUCUCCUUUUCGUAAUUUCCUGUCAACAGAUUUUUUAGUAUUACCCUUACAUAUGCCACCACCUUCUCUUAGUGCUCAACAAGAAGAAGAUAAUAAGAUACCCAUAAAGAAACAAACAUUGCCUAGUAAAAUAAUAACAACGUCUUCAACUACUAAAGUCGAUUUAAGACCUGUUUUAUUUCCAAUAAAACAACCUCAAAACGGUGGAGAAGAAGAAGAAGAAGAAGAAGGAGAGUAUGAGGAAGAAUACGAAUUUAGUGAGGGAACAGAAGAAGAAGAGGAAGAAGAAGAAGAGGAAGAAGAGGAAGAAGAAGAGGAAGAAGAGGAAGAGGAGGAAGAGGAAAGCAACAAGAUAUUAAAUCGUAAAAGAUCAAUACCUUCAUUUUCUAAUUCACAAACGCCUUCUACAUCAACCACAAAAUCUUAUGCUAUGUCUGCAUCACCUCCUAUCUCCUAUCUUCGACAAAUGUCAAUAAAGGAAACCAGUAAAAGCAGUAAUCGUUGGUUAGAAACGAUUGCUCAGUUACGAAAAUCAUUGACUUUAUCUACACCAAAACCAAAAUUCAACUUUAUUCCUAUGCCACUUCCACCAAAACGUAAUCGAAACCUUCGUAAAAAGAGACGCUCAGAAGCAACCACACAACCACGAUUUAAUCCAGAAACGAAUACUUACUUAAGAGAUACCCGAUCCAAUCCAGAUCAUCUGCGAAUGAUAUCUGCUGAACUCAAUAUGAUGAGACAUAAAAAGUUAUCAAGUCCUUUAAAGCCUCGAGGAUUUUUACCGAGAAGAAAAGAUGCCUUUAUACGCGGUUCAAAUAGAAAAUUAUCUCUUUUAAGAAAUGAAAUAAAACUAAAGGAGACUAAUUCAUUAUAAUAAAUUCCUUAAGUGUAUAAUAGAGAUAGAAGGAAGAAAAUAAGGAGAACUUGAUUGUUAUUUCCAUAAAGCUUAGACUCUAUUUAAGCCUUUCAAGGUAUCAUUUUUACUUACUUUUAAGAACCAUCAUAAUGAAAGGAUAUGUUUGAAGAUUAUAUAAAUGUAUACAGAAUAGAUAUAAUAACAGCUUCAAAUGCCUACCAGGUAAAAUCAUCUAAGGCACCAACAAAUAUAUCAAUUGCGUUCAUAGUAAUUAUUACAUUGUAUUGUCUUUUCAUUUAUAUUCAUGUAUACCGUAC